GUCGUGGCAAGACUAGAGGGAAAGGUCUUGAAAGGAUGAGGAAGACUAUGGGAAGCAAGAUGAAAAUUGAGAUCCCGCUUGGUAAAGGGAGGCCAACUAAGCCAACUCAAUCGGCAAAAUUAUCCAAUGAACUAGGGAUAAUUGCCAGAAAUUUUCUUUCGCUUCCAAACAAGUGGAAGGAACUCACAAGAGAGGACAAAGAUGCAGCACUAAUUAGAUGCCACGAGAAGUUUGAAAUUGAUUUGGACGAGCAUUACGUGAAAGAUAGUUGUGAGGAUAUUUUGAAAAAUAGAAGCCGACAAUGGCGGUACAAGUUAAAACAGCUAUUUGAAAGUGCACGUUCGGAGGAAGAAGCUCGUAAAAUUGAAGUGCCAGAGUUGACCCGAGAAAAUUGGAAUAAGCUUUGUGAUAUGUGGGCUGAUCCAGAGCAUAAGAAACGAUGCGACAUAAACAGGGCCAAUCGAAGUAACCUUAAAAUUAAUCAUUUCAUGGGGUCAAAAGCGUUUGUACCGGCUCGUGCUGAACUUGCUGAAAAUGGAGUAGAGCCUGAUAGAAUUGAGUUCUACAAGAGUACUCAUUACUCGACUGAAAAAAGAACACCAUGAAAGAUUUGAAAGAUAUAUAUACUUCGGGAGAGCCGGGAGAGCCUUGCAUGACUAUUGAUCAAAUUAUGGAUACUGUACUUGGUACAAAAUCGGGGUACAUAAAAGGUCUCGGUUAUGGUCCGAAACCCGAUACUACCAGAGCCACACAAAGAAGAACAGCAGAGUUAGAAGACUCCCUUAGAAAGACGAAAGAGGAGAGCUGCU